UUAGCAUGCUGUGAGAGUGAGAGAGCCAAAACUGUGAACACUGCUUGGAGCUUGGGUUUGGGGUCGACACUCUACUAGCAAUAUAGAAGUAUUACAUACAUGAGUCUUGCUGAGUUUCUCGAACAUUCGUCAUCGAUUUGGCAUUGAAUAUUGCUCUUAUUCCAUAGUAUUUGAGUGUUUUCGAAAAAGUUCUUCGGUUUACUUCAUAAUGGUUUCUUUGAAUCCAGUACGGAUUUUGAAGAAUGAAGCUGGAGAAGAGAAAGCUGAAAUUGCAAGGCUAAGUUUAUUUGUUGGAGUUAUAGCCAUUGGAGAUCUGGUAAAAUCUACUCUUGGUCCUAAAGGAAUGGACAAAAUUCUCAUAGCACAAGGCAGAUCUGCAGGACAAGUACAAGUGACUAAUGAUGGUGCUACAAUUCUAAAAAGUAUUGGAGUAGAUAAUCCUGCUGCUAAAAUUUUGGUAGACAUGUCACGUGUCCAGGAUGAUGAAGUAGGAGAUGGCACUACUUCUGUUACAGUUCUGGCAUCUGAAUUGUUACGAGAAGCUGAGAAAUUGAUAGAAAACCAAAAGAUUCAUCCACAAACUAUAAUUAGUGGUUGGAGAAGUGCUGCAAAUGUAGCUGUAGAAGCUCUGGCAAAUGUAGCUACGGACAACUCCGCAGAUCCCGAACGUUUUCGAGAAGACUUAUUAAAUAUCGCAAGGACAACAUUGAGCUCAAAGAUCUUGUCUCAACAUAAGGAACACUUUAGUAAACUCGCAGUUGAUGCAGUGUUGCGUCUUAAAGGUUCUGGAAAUUUGUCUGCAAUACAAGUCAUAAAAAAACGCGGUGCAACACUCGCUGAUUCAUUUUUGGAUGAAGGUUUCUUGUUAGAUAAGAAGCCCGGUGUUCAUCAACCACAAAAAGUUACCAAUGCGCGCAUUCUCAUUGCCAAUACAACUAUGGAUACAGACAAAAUUAAGGUUUUUGGCUCUAGAGUUCGCGUUGAUUCGAUGGCAAAAAUAGCAGAGUUAGAAGCCGCAGAAAAAGAAAAAAUGAAAAAUAAAGUUGACAAGAUCUUAAAGCAUGGAUGCAACGUUUUUAUUAAUAGGCAACUAAUUUACAAUUAUCCCGAGCAACUAUUUGCUGACGCUGGUGUAAUGGCUAUUGAACAUGCAGACUUCGAUGGUAUUGAGAGAUUAGCACUUGUUACUGGCGGUGAAAUAAUAAGUACUUUCGAUAAUCCGGAGUUAGUCAAACUCGGAAGAUGUGACCUUAUCGAGCAGGUCAUGAUAGGAGAAGAUACACUUUUGAGAUUUUCUGGAGUUCCACUAGGUGAAGCUUGCACUGUUGUUAUACGCGGCGCAACCCAACAGAUUAUUGACGAAGCUGAGAGAUCGCUACAUGACGCUCUCUGCGUCUUAGCCGCUACAGUGCGCGAGUCAAAAAUAGUUUACGGUGGUGGAUGCAGCGAAAUGCUCAUGGCUUGCGCCGUUAUGCGAGCGGCUGCAGCUACACCGGGCAAAGAAGCGGUUGCAAUGGAAGCUUUUGCCCGAGCAUUACAGCAAUUGCCAACUGUCAUUGCCGAUAACGCCGGCUAUGAUUCGGCGCAAUUAAUUAGCGAACUGAGAGCCGCACAUAAUUCUAAUGCUCACACCAUGGGAUUAGACAUGGAACUGGGCAAAAUCGGUUGCAUGAAGCGAUUGGGAAUCACCGAAUCUUGGGUAGUAAAGAGACAAGUUCUUGUAAGUGCAGCCGAAGCAGCAGAAAUGAUAUUACGUGUAGAUGAUAUUUUGCGUGCUGCUCCUAGGAAACGCGUACAAGAUAGAGGACGUUGUUAAUGUGUUUUUUCUUUUCUUUUUUUUUUUUUUUAAUAAAAAGCUUUAUCUCUACUUUGCAAUUUCUUACAAAUCUUUUAUAUACAACAUAUAAACGACUCUUCUUCAAAUUAGAGUUAAUUAUUAAAUUAAAAGUAAGAAAAUAUUUCAAUAUUUUGUUUUUUUGACAAUGCUGUAAUCGAUGAAAGAUUGAUGUACUAAUUGUCAUACAUAAAAAGCAAAAUAUACUGUAGUCAUGUUGUGUCAU